GUUUUCACUUAUAUCAUUAGUUUUUAUUUUCUGUCCUGCAAGUGAAUAUCCGAUUUGAAUUACUUUGUCAGUGAUUUUAUAUCAUUUUAUGUAUAGUUUAUAAAAUUACUUUUAUUCUCACAGCAUCAGCUUAUGCCAAAUGCAUUGAAAAUUGUAGACAAUUUGCUCAAUCUCGUAACUUUUGAGGUGGAAGGCUAUAGUUAAUGAGUAAAAACAAAAAUAAAAACAAACUUUCCACUUACUACUUAACCGAAAACCUAAAAUAUUUUUUUGUAAUGGAGUCAAACCUUAUACUAUUCUUCUAUUCUUACCGGGUAAACUUAUAUUUCUUGACUUCAUAGAAAAUUACUAAUUUGAUACUUUGACCACAAGUAUUUAGGUGUUGGUAAAAUAUUUUUCUUCAAUAAAAUUUAUUCAAUUUCACUUUAGAAAUGAAGCACCAUAAAGUGACAUGGACCUUAUCUACUUCGCAGUUUAUGUUCCACAUGUUUGCUUCUAAGUUUUUCUAGCUGAUUUAUUUAUUCACUUGCUUACUUUUUAUCUUUGAAUACCCCUGAAGAAAACCAAAAACACAGAACAAGAACAAAUGUUCCCUCCUAUCAAAUUCAUCUUCCUUGUCACUGUAUACACACUCUUGUUUCCUUCAAUUGCAUUUGAAUCAGAAUCCACAGACCCAAUUCCAGAGCCAUGGCCUCACCAAUUCCACGCCAUUACAAUCAUGAACUACACUCAAGGUCUUAGGAAAGUGGACCUUUGGUACGAUUGGCCAAACAAAAGGUACAUGCAUAUAAACCAAUAUCAAUUGGGAAAGACUUUGUAUGGUGUUGAAUGGCAAAAUGGUACUUCCUUUUAUUUCACUUUGGAUUCUACUCAGGAGUGUACUGUUAGGCAUUUCCCAGUGGGAAUUCUUAGACCUAAUUGGCUUGAAGGUUCAAAUUAUGUAGGACAAAAGUACAAGGAUGGAUUCCUUUGUAAUGUUUGGGACAAGGUUGGUUUCUUACGGUAUUACGAGGAUGCUGUUACCAAGAUUCCUGUUUAUUGGCAUUUUUAUGAUGGUUUGGUUGAACAUAUAAUGGCAUUUGAGGUGGAGAAAGUGCUGGAGGAUUCAAAGUGGCAAGCCCCUGCUUACUGCUUCAAGGAGGUCGAGAAAGAAAGUAUAUCUUUGCUAGAAAACUUGGCUACCUCUCACUUCCGAGAUGUCGUGAACGGGGAGGUAGCAGAGAAUUGACAUAUUAAUCGAGUGAUCCUAUGAUAGACAUUGUUUACCAUGUUAUGUUGCUUCGAGUCGGAAGGUGGAACCAAGUUUUCUUAGUGAUGUUAUUGUGUAUACAAAGUAUAUAUAUAUACCAUCACUUUAAUUUAUA